AUGUCCGUGCUGGAAACCAGGCAAUCGCCCUCCGCAGGGGAGACUAUCCCAGUUCUUCCCUGUGACCAGGAUACCUCGCCUCUCUCAAACGAUGAGGUAUUCUACUUCCAAGAGGAUAAAUCUAUCCCGACUAAAAAAGCUGGCAACGAUGCCGGUUCUUCCUCAAUUACAAUAUGUGACCAAAAAAAAGGCAAGGAAGUAUCGACGCCUGAACAGGCUGUCUACUCCGCUAGUGAUAAUUACGCCAAGAGAGAGUCAAGACCGGCUGAAACUGUCUCGGAAAACGGUAGUACGAUAAAAAAAAGUCAGAGAAAUCAGGCCAGUGACAUUGACGCGUCAAAGAAACACAACAAGCAGGGAAUAUUGAAGAAAUUGUCGGCCGGGGAUCAGACCGGCAACUUUAGCUUGGUCAAAAUCCAGAUUGAAACUUGUCCGCAAUUCACUGAAAAUAAAACCAGCCGGAGUUCUAAGACUGUGGAAGGCGAAAGUGACGCAAAAUCAUCGAGGGUAAAACAGAACAGUACACAGAGUCAAACACAGACUCAAAGCUAUAGCUCUGUUGAACCUGAGAUGGAAACAGAGACCCUAAGGAACAGUAACAGUAGAAGUCGUGUUAAGAAAUCGGCGAUUUCGGAGGGUUCGAAAAGCGCUAAGGCGAACCCUGAAUGCUCAAAAGAAAAGAGAUCCUCACUGGGUAACAAGGCUGUGAAAAGCUGUUCGAAGGUCAGCGAUAAACGUGACGUGAAAAAGCAAAAACCUUCUUGCAGUCCGUUCAAGAAGCUCAGUCGAUCUUCGCUUACCAUUGAGCCUGAUAAGAUCACCGUUAAUUUAUCAAAGUAUUCGCCAUGCGCCAGCAGACUCGCAGCUAGUUCAAAAAUACUGUCCAGUAACUCGCCAACGAGUCCAGAGAGCCCUCUGAGGGCCGUGCGCUCCAGAAGUCCGUCAAACUAUGGCAACUGUUCGUCAACCUCUUCUUUGUCAGCCUCAGCCAGAUCGCGUGAGGUGGGGACGGGAGUGGAAAAAGUAACUAUUCAGGCCAGCCUAUCACUCAAUAUAAGGCAGUUUCAAAAAUCAGGUAAUUCUACUCCGAGAAGUAAAAGUGUCGGCGACAGCUGUGUCACCUCGCCUACCAGCGAGGGAACUACGACUAGCUGCUCUCCGACUGGAACUGAAAUACUCUCUCUUGACGAAGUAGGAUCUAACGCAGUAGUCAACAAUGACGCGGAGAAUACGGCACCGAAACAUACUCUCGUCGGUGAGAUCCAGGGCAAUUGUGUUACUCGUGGCUCUCAAAAGAUGAAAAAAACUACACUGGAGACCAAGUGUUAG